UUUCAUUGAUUGUUCACCUACUUUUGUAAUAUCGUUCAAGAUUUUAAUUUUCUUCUCGGCUUUUGCAAAAAGAUACAGAAAAUUAUUUCAAGUAUGGGUGACAAUGUUGAUUUUGAGCCUUUGGAGCCUUCUCUAAAGAAUGUAGUAGAACAGAAAUCUUUACGUUGGAUUUUUGUUGGUGGUAAGGGUGGUGUUGGAAAAACAACAUGCAGUUGCAGUUUGGCUGUUCAGCUUUCGAAAGUGCGGGAGUCUGUAUUAAUUAUAUCUACAGACCCUGCACACAAUAUUUCAGAUGCAUUUGAUCAAAAAUUUUCAAAGGUGCCAACCAAAGUGAAAGGUUUUGACAAUUUAUUUGCUAUGGAAAUAGAUCCUAAUGUUGGUCUAACAGAGUUACCAGAAGAAUACUUCGAGGGAGAGGCUGAAGCCAUGAGACUCGGUAAAGGUGUGAUGCAGGAGAUUGUUGGUGCAUUCCCUGGUAUUGAUGAGGCUAUGAGUUAUGCAGAGGUAAUGAAACUAGUGAAAGGCAUGAAUUUCAGUGCAGUGGUGUUUGACACAGCCCCCACUGGGCACACAUUGCGUUUGCUCUCAUUCCCGCAGGUUGUAGAGAAGGGACUUGGUAAACUGAUGCGCUUGAAAUCUAAGGUCGCGCCAUUCAUCAACCAAAUCGCUUCACUCUUUGGCCUCGCUGACUUCAACUCGGACAUGUUCAGUAACAAAAUGGAUGAAAUGUUGUCAGUCAUUCGUCAAGUGAACACACAGUUCAAAGAUCCCAAUCAGACGACAUUUGUUUGUGUUUGUAUCGCGGAAUUCCUCUCGCUAUACGAAACUGAGAGGCUUGUACAAGAACUGACGAGGUGUGGAAUCGACACACAUAACAUUAUAGUCAACCAGUUGUUGAUGAAAACGUCAGCGCCUUGUGAACUAUGCGCCGCGAGGCAUAAAGUGCAAGAGAAGUAUCUAGAACAAAUUGCAGACUUGUAUGAAGACUUCCAUGUGACCAAAUUACCGCUGCUAGAUAAAGAAGUGCGAGGUGCGUCGGCUGUGAACUCGUUUUCUGAAUUUUUGCUCAAACCAUAUGUACCACCACCACCCGCGACGUCAUAGAAGUGUUGAGUUGUUCUUAUGAAUAAAAAUGAUUAUGAAUUUGAAUUACUACAGAGAAAUUUAACAAAUCAAUUAUAUUACAUAAUAAGGAAUUACUAUUUA